AUGUCGGUCCGCCGCGCGUCUUCCCAUCUCCUCGCACAGCGAUCGGUCCAUUUGCGCAUCGUCCCGCGCCCGGCCAACCUCUCAGAAAGCCGCGAGAUCCUCCGCGUGCUACAGCGCUUCGGCGAGAUCAGCGUCUACAAGCACCUUCGGUACGAGUACCACAAUCCUGCGGACAACAUUGCCCUGGCCAUCUAUCGGGACGCCGACUCCGCCCAGCAAGCGCUCAAUGCGUCGCCCAUACGAUUCGCGCUCGAGAAGGUCGCCCCAAAUGACGAAAAUACACAAUACAGCGAACUGGAAAUAGAAGAUGAGGAUCAGAUAAUACCGCAAACACCGACUAAAGACGGCAUCGAAGAGAUUCUCCGCCCCAGCCAAUUAGUCAACCGCACACUGUCCCACACCGAUCUCACAACGCGCACAUCCUCACCAGACUCAGAAGGCAACCCUCGAUCUCCCUUCUCGUCGUCGGCGCCCCCGAUGCCCUUCCAAGAGCCCUCCGCCCCCAAAGACACAAUCUCAAAGUGGUUUCAGGUCACGGUGGACCGCUCGCGGGUCGUCCACCAGGACUUUGUCGAACGCCAGCCGUACUGGAAGCAGUUUACACCUAUGAAGAGCAUGGCGCAGGAGGACCUAGCAAAGAAGGUGCCGCACAUCGGGCUGAGCGAUGUGUCGAAGAGGCCGCCGCACGCGCAUAGGACGCCCAAUAAGGUGUUGAAGAUGAUGAGCCACUAUGUGGAGAAUAGGAUGCCGAGUUUGGUGGAUAUGUAUGAGGAGGGGGCGAGGGAGACGAAGGGGCAGAAGAGGCCCUAA